AUGGGGGGAUGCACCUCUAAACAGGAGGAACCCAUCGGGGCUGGAGGCGCUCCUGUUCCCGUCAAGGGUGCCGAUGGGGCCAACGGAACCCGCCAGACAAGCAAUGCGCAGCAUGUCGUGUCGGACACCCCCUCCGAGCCCAUCCUACAGCAUUCACAAGCUCAAAGUCCCACCAAGAAGUCCCUCGAGCCGGCUGUCUCCGACCCCGGCCGCGAGUCUUCAGGGGAAGGGAAGGACCACGUCCCCGCCCUGCCUUCCGACCUGCCCGCGCCCCUCCCAAUUCGCAAGUCUGGCGCUCCCCGCACCAGCGCCAACUCCUACAGGUCAGGCGCGAUCAGGAGCAGCGCCGCGUCCCAGGGCAGCCAGACGGCAGCAUCGUCGUGCGACGAACACAGCGGGCAGGCCGCGGCGCGCCCCCCCUCUCGCUUCCAGACCCAGAUGGACCUCUGCCGGGCGGUGUUCAAGACGCAGUGGGUCAAGAUUGCCCUGUCCCCCUCAGGCAAGGACGGGGGGGGGCGAUGGGGAGCAGCUGAGCUCACCUGGUACAACACCAUGGCUGGGCUGGGCCUGGGCCAGGCGUUCGAACAAGACGAUGGAGUGGCCUCCCUGGAGAACUGGGCGCUGGCGCCAUCCCGGCAAGGCCAGCGGGUCAUGGUCUGGAACGACACACGGGAGGAUGCCGAGACCGCAGAAGCAGACAUCGUGAAGGGUCACCCCGGCGUCAGAUUCUAUGCCCGCUGCGCCCUUGCUGCCGGACCCAACCAGGAAGGCAACGAAUGCAUCGGCUUUCUGUGUGUGGCCGACAGCGAGGCGCGGGACGACUUCAGCCCCUUGAAGAUCACCAUGCUCUCCCAGUUUGCAGAUCUGGUGCUGAAGGACCUUGAGCAAUCCAAGGUCCUUUUCCUCCCCCUUCCCCAAACUUCUCCUCCCUUUCCACCCGGCCGCCUCGCAGUUUCCGACAAGCUUCUGCACGACCUGGUGCCCAAAGCCCCGGAGGCGCAGGGCCUGGCCCGGGCGGUGGAGUUCUUCAAGGAGGCGGCCCUCGUGGUGGAUGUCUCCCAGCCCGCCAGCUGGCGCAUCGUGCACUUCAACGGCUCCAUGCGCGGCCUGAUGGGCGGCGGCGACUGGCUGCCGCCGCGCGACUUUGACGCCCUGCUCUCCGAGCCGGGCGGGUCGGGGUCCGACCAGACGCGGCCCUCGGGGUCCCAGCCCUUCACCGGCUACUACACGCUGAAGCAUGGCGAAGGGACGCGCACCGUCAGUGUCGAGUUUCGACCGAUAGCGAGCGAAGCCCUGCCGCCCCCAAACCCAGACGCUGCUGUCCAGCCGAGUGCGACACCUCCUCGAUACAACUUUGCUAUGGUGCACCCCAUCAGGGACUCGGACGGGUACGGCACGCCUGGGGCGCUGGGCAGCGAGGGCUCCUCGGAGGAGGCCCGCGUGACGCAGUGGCGCCCAGCUGGGCGGCCCAUGUCCAUGGACAUCGGGGCCGGCCUGCCGAGCCUGCGCCAGGCCAAGUCCUCCGUCUUCUCGGACGUCCAGCUGGGGCCCCUGAUAGGGCGCGGGGCCUACGGCAGGGUAUACCGUGGCUCCUGGAAUGGAAACACGGUGGCGGUGAAGGUGCUGGAGACCGACAACCCCGAGGUGGAGGUGAUAAAGGAAAACGGCUCCGUGAAGAAGGCGGGCCUGUUCGAGGCCGCGCUGUCCAGCAGCAUCUCCCACCCCAACGUGGCACACACCUACAUGUAUGCCGUCCGGCAGGCGGCCCCCGCCGGCAUCCAGGGUGCGAGUCGCAGUGCCAGCGCCAACAUCGACGCGGUCCUGGACGGCACCGUAGCGCUGCAUCAAGGUCCAGCCGCCCUGGCCCCUUCCAGCCUGCAUGAGGUGUGGAUCGUGUCGGAGUUCUGCAACCUGGGCCCCCUGCUCACGGCCAUCGAGCGCGGCGCUUUCCUCACGCAGUCCUUUGCAGCGCAGGGCCAGCCCAACCUGGUGUCCAUCCUCCAGACGCUGCAAGAAAUUGCGGCGGCACUGGCGUACCUGCACGCCAACGACAUCCUUCAUGGCGACCUGACCGGCGGCAAUGUGCUCCUGGCUGCCAACAGCAAGGACGGCCGCGGCUUCACCGCCAAGGUCGUGGAUUUUGGGCUGAGCCGCCUGAUUGGCAGCGAGUCGUACCUGCGGACGCGGACCCUGGGCUGCGCAGAGUACAUGCCUCCAGAGCUCAUCAUCGAUGGGCUGCUGACCAAGGCCGGGGACGUGUAUGCCUUUGGCGUGGUGCUGUGGGAGCUGUACAUGGGGACGCGUGCCUGGGAAGGGCUGAAGACCUCCGAGGUGCUCAACCACGUGGCCUCCAAGCGCAGCCUGGUCUUUCCUCCCAGCACCCCGCACAGACUCAAGGUGCUGGGCACAAGGUGCCUGGCCUUCAACCCCGACGACCGACCGACAUUCAGUGACAUCCUCGUGGAAGUGGACUCGGUGCUCAAGGAUACGCAGUACAUCCUCAGGAAGUUCCUGGCACGUAACGUGCCGAUCUGA